AUGGCCUCUGCGGCUAUACCUUCAUAUCCAUCUACCAAGGAGACAACAAAUUAUUCUCGUCUGUGUCGUCUUCUUGUGGAUGUAGGAUCCCAGGCAUUAAGGAACAAGUUUGAUAGUAUUCACCCACCCGCAGGCCUACAUGCAGUUCUGACAAAGCCUCCUGCACACCCAGUAUUGCAGACACUUAGAAAGAAGAGAAUUCUCAAUCCCACUCAAUGGGCCAAGCUGUAUCCCCCUUCACCUUCAUCCAUAUCUUCAAAAGAUUUUGAUGUCACACUGCUGAUGUUGCUCUUAAGGAAUAUAUGUGGCUUGAUUCCUCCAGCCACUGGUUGGGAUAAUCUCCCACCUGCUGCAGAUACAAGUGCUGAAGCCCACAUAGCUAGGGUGAAGUAUUACAGAAACCAUGUCUAUGGACAUGCCAGCCAGGCAUCUGUGGAUGAUGCCACAUUUAAUUCCUAUUGGCAGGAUAUCAGUAAUGCAUUGGUAGGACUGGGUGCAGAUGCCACUGCUAUCAAUAAGCUGAAGACUGAGAGUAUGGAUCCUGUCAUUGAGAAACACUACCAAGAAUUACUGAGGGAGUGGAAGAAAGAUGAUGAUAGCAGCAAAGACAGACUUGAUGAGAUUGAAGGUAACUUGAAAAUGCACCACACAUAUUUAUUGUGGAUAAAAGAAAUAGCCAUAUAGUACUAUAUUCAAUUCAAUACAGUACUAUAGACUUUAUUGUGUUCCCACUAUUGAGGAUCUUCAUACGUAAUUUAUAAUGCAGACAAUGAUAAAUAGUAAUAAUUUAUUAUUUACAACAAAAAAAUAAUGAAUACAGAUAAACUAAAGAAUAACUAAUUAUUAUUAUACAUGUAAGUAUGGUAAAAACAUGUGCUAAUAGGCACAUUCAUAUGUUUAAGAGUAACUCAUUCAACAAAGAGGUCAGCCAAAGCUGCAGAAGAUGCACUUUGAGAUUGUCCUGACUGACAAGUGAUACAGAGUUUUUGGUUACAGGAAUCAGUUUAAGUAAUGUUCAAAAUAAGAACAGAAUUGUUUUAUCAUUAGUUAAAAUUGAGCACGAAGCGCAAAAAUUUUUAACCGGUGAUAAAACAUGUACUGUGAGCGUUUUAAACAGCUUCAAAAACCUUCCCAGGGUAUUCCAUUUCAAUACGAUUGCUAAUUAACGCAUUUCCCUUUUGUAAAACGUGUUGAUUGAAAAGUGUUAUUUAAACAAAAGCAGGCAAAUUACAUAGGCUGUUCAGAUGUAGUUGUGCAAAUACGUUGUGCAACUGAAGUACACAGUUUAUGCUCUUAUUAAUUGAAAGAAAGUUCCACAGUUAAUAAUCGUACAAGAGGGGAAAAUUGCUAGAGGAGAGUGUCGUCAAAUCUAACUGCAACGUGACAUAAUGGGCAUUGAUAAGUUUAAUGAAAUUACAAACUGGGAAGAAUUGUUUGUGACUGUUUUCGCCAACUCUUUCUCGGUAACAGUCGUAUCUUGAAAUGGAUUGGUUUGGUGUUCUCUUGGUUAAAAACUUAUGGUAUUUAAUUUUAAAAUAAAAUUUUGACUGGUUGACGGUUUUUUUUCUUCGUUUUUUAGAAUAAAUAAUUUUUCUGUCGACACUAGUUACUUUUUCAAAGUUUUGACUUUUUUCGUGUAAUUAGUUGCAAAUUAUGUAAGGACCACAUUAUGUAAAAUUUCAUGGUUAUUAGUACUUUUUAUGUAAAAUUUUCAUCCUUAUCAGCAGUCUAUUGUUUAAAUCAUUCAAUCCCAUAUUUCCCCUGAGGCCCUCCCUGACUUUUCAUUUUGUUGAGUUUUGAGUCUUUCUUCUGAGACUGCUAUAGUAAUAAGAUGACACUUGCAACGUCUGCCAUCAUCUCCUUAUCAUCAACUUUUUUAAUUGUAGACACGGCUUGACACGAAGUUUUAUCAGCUGAACAAAAUUUUAUAUCAUUUGACUAUAAAAUUAUUAUUAAAAUGGUACCCCUUUAAAGGUUUAUUUACAGUUUAAAGUUUAUAGUUUUUGCUAUUACAAGUGGCUGUUUAGAUUGGUCCCCUGAAAAGUUAGACAAAUCCAAAAAAGGGAUAUAAAUCUGCAAAACACUACAAACGUCUUAAACCUUGUUUGCCUUUGCAAGUAAUGUAGUCUCUUUUCCCAACAUGUUCAACUAAUUAUAUCAGGAAGGGGUUGCAAAUACAGUAAUAAAGUCAAAGAUGCUGAGACCUUGUUUAUAAGUCUAAGACUUUGUGUCAAGUUCAAUUCCCCAAGACAGAAAUAACCACACAAGAAAAACCUUACUACUAACCAAAAUCACUUUCAACGUUUUGAGAUCAAAUCCGAUUUGUUUUAAGUGUAGACCCUCAUAACAGUGUGCAGAGUUAAGGUGUUUAAACAAAACAAACAUUUGGUAUUUAGCAACUUGAACUGUGUUUUCUUCACUAUCUUAUUGUACCUAUUUUUUCAUGAUUUAAGGAUUGUUAAAGGAACUGAAGAAAGACAGCGAUAACUCACGAGACAAACUUGAAGGUAUGUUGGCCAUUAAAAGGGUUUCAUAAUCAAUUCCCUGGUAAAAUUAAGACACCUUUUAUAAGAUGACUCAGUCUGUUGGGUGGGAAAAUCCCAGUCGUUAUUAAAAUCUGUAGGGUAGCCCUCUUAACUCCUCACCUACAAAAUACGAGUUACGACCUCCUCAAUCAAAUAACAUGUUCUCAUUUUGUGUGAUCAAUUUUUAUUUUGUUGUUUGUGCUCAGUAUCGUGCAUGACCGUACACAAAAAUUUCAAUUAAAACAAAAAAAUAUUUUUGUUGAAAACAAAAUUUUGAACAAGGAUAAAAUUGAACCACAAAAUUUACCUUGCAUCAUAAUGCAAGCCUGAUUCAAGAACUUACGUUGACGUGCAAUUAAUACUGUUUGCUUUUUAUAUAAAUAUAUACUUAUCCCCAAGCCAACGAGUCAGAUUUUCCCUAUUCUUUCGUUUUCAAUCUUAUUUUUAUUCACAUGGAUUUAAGCAUUUCCCGAGUAACUGCCCUUCUCUCUCUCUCCUCUACUUAACGAACAUCAAGUGACCGUACACCCGUUAUCACACUUAUGACAAGAAACUCUCGAACCUUUGAGGUGUUAUUGUCACAACUUGCCUGAUGAGCAGUAAAGAUACUUUUACAUGUCCUCCUAUAUUGCAUGUAUCUACAGGGCUUAUACGCAACUUUUGUAUUGCCAAUAAUACACUUUGUUUGCGCUCUGCUUUAUUUUUUGUAACCAUUUUUUCCCAAUUUCUCCGGGGUGUUACAGUCGUUGCACACAAAUUGAAGUCCAAGCUUAUGCAAAAUUUUGGGUGCAUUAUGUGCAUUUUUUUGAUAAUAAACAGAACAGCUAAAGAACAUGAAUGAUCAGAUCCUCGAAAGUGAGAAAAAAAUCAGUGACAAGCUA